UUACUGUCCUUUCCUGCCUCCACUUUGUAUUUUAGUAUAAUAUAUUAAGUAUACUUAAUAAUUGUACGGGUUAUCAACAUCAACACUACGAAUUUUUACAGUAGUUGUUUGAUUGCUAAACAUACGAGUGCUUUAGCUGUAACCUCCAAACUGUAUAAACAAGAACACGUCUUGAAGGUAAGCAGUUUACAUCAAAGGAUGAUAGGAAGAACUCCAGCAUGUAAUCUGAGGAAUUGAUUCAAUCGUGAAAAAACGAAGGAAGCUUAAAAUAUGGAUCUGAAUAGUUUAAAAAAUAAUUUUAGGAAAGAUAAUAAAUUGAGAACUAUAGAUCUGUCUAAAAAAUCUGAAACAUGGCUGUGAUAUUACUGAACAAGAGGUGGAAGGAGAAUCUAAACAAUAAUAAUAAUUGUACUACUUGACAUCAAUCUGUGCAAUGAUAAGAUGACUGAUUUUAAAAAUUACACAACGUUAGUUACCAACCCAUGUUGACUCACAUUAAGGAGCCGGGGGAAGAUGUCGAAGCGCCUUAGCUUUUACUGUCUGCUGCUACUAGCAACCGUCUGCAUAUUGUUCCUCUUGGCGCUGAACCAGCGCUACAGCAGCUACGUUGAUCAACGGCUCCAGCAAAUACACUCGGAAGAGGAAAUAAGGUCGCAAAUCAGGUAUCAAGAGUCUCUAAUGGUACCGACCGUCAAAUAUGACGAGCCUUACAUGAAUUUCAUGAGGGGCAGCACCUACAGUCCAGAAAAUAUGACUCUUGCGGAGAUCGCCGAAGUCAUCGACCUGCAGCGGCAGAUAAUCGACAGGGAGAUGAAAGGCUACGUCUAUCCGAACGGCAACAGCGGCGUCUUCGCCAGUAAAUUGGAGGACUUGGUGAUGGAAAAGGAGGGCAACCCGGUGCGCAGCGUCGUACUGACCACCUGGCGAAGCGGCAGCACUUUUCUCGGUGACAUACUCAACGCACAUCCGGCCAAUUUCUACCACUACGAGCCGCUCCUGGACUUUGGUAUCGUCCAGAUUCGCGAACCUCCGGUGUCCGACGAAGCCCUCGACAACUUGGAUUCCAUGUUCAAAUGUGAUUACUCAAACUUGGGUCAGUACUUGAGUUUCGGGAAAAACAGUCACCCUUGGGUCUUCAAUCACAACACCCAUUUGUGGAAACAGUGCCAGCUGCACAAGAAAAUCUGUUGGGACCACAGAUUCGUGACCAAGUUUUGCAAGCUCUUUCCAUUCCAGUCUAUGAAAAUCGUGCGCUUGAGGCUCAAACCCAUCGAGAGGUUUCUCCAACAAAACGAACUAGGUGUAAGAGUCGUGCUGUUGAUAAGAGAUCCGCGAGGCGUCCUACAGUCUCGGAAGCACCGCGAAUGGUGCCCUGCCGAGCCGGACUGCUUCGACCCAAGCGUCCUGUGUUCCGACAUGAUAACGGACUACCACGCGGCUGUGAGAUUUACCAAACUCUAUCCCGACACAUUUAGAGUGAUCCGGUACGAGGACCUCUCGCUCGAUCCUUACGCCCACACGGAGCAGCUGUUCAAGUUCUACGGUCUGUACUUUCACGAGAGUGUGCGCGACUUUCUGGACACCCACACGAAGACCGACAUUGGUGGAUUGUCGAGUACGUUCCGCGACUCGAAGACCGCGCCGUUCCAUUGGCGCAGAGACCUCGACUACGACGAAGUCGAGAACAUACAGCAGGAGUGCAGUCUCGCGAUGAAGUACUGGGGCUACGUGCCCGCAGUGAAUGCCAGCCACCAGAGGUAUUUCGAUCCCUUGACGAGUUACAGCUUAGAGUCCAGAGCUGGAGAUGGCACUCGGGACGUGUGACUGCUGGAUAUCGGUCGCUCAUAAGUACGUGAAUGGUUGUGUUUUUUUUAUAUUCGUUGAGAUUUAAUUAAUUUUUGUGUUUAGCGCGAUGAUGGAGGACGACUUAUAUUCGGUUGUCCCUGUAGUUGUUGUUUCCGUUGAUUUCGGUACAGAUAUAUAUGCAGCGCGUACAUACAGAGAUCUGUUUAGUUUAUUCCGUUCAACGAUUCCUUCUUUGGAAAAUAGAUUCUAAUGUUUGUGAUUUAUUUGGUAACUGACGUCGUCAAGUGCAAUAUAUUAAUAUGAGAUGCUUGAAAGUUUUCGUGCGUAUGGUUAUGAGGAAUUUCGCAAGUGUAAGAUGAUGAAAAAUUUUACACUUUACAUUAAAAUUGAU